AUGCGCCUACUCGUUUUAGGCGCAUUUACUUUGCUUAUUGCAUUGGGAGAAGCAAUGGAUAAAGGCGAGGCACCUGAGCAAUCAUCUCGGGGUCUGCCAGGAAAUUUAAACGUAUAUCUGGAACCAAAUGAUGGUGGGUGCAAGAGAAAGCUUUACGAUCCGAAAUUUCAGUUACCGCUGCCUCGUCAAUAUGCUGGAAUCUACAAAUCGGCAAUCUAUCCAAGAGCUACCGUUACUGAUGAGGAAUUUAAUAGAGUCUUGGAAAUUCAGAAUGGAUGGCUAAAAGAAAUUAUGAGUGAGGAGGCCUAUGAGGAUUACAAAAAAUUGGGUCCUGAUAACCAUAUUGAAAAAAUACAUGCUGAAAAGCCACACUUAAAAGACUUUAAGAAAAAAUCUAAUGAUCUAAAGGAUGAAAAAAAUAAAGCUAAAAAUUUAUUGAAAAAUAUAGAUAAAGUGUCAGAACGAGAGGAAGUUUUAGAAAUAUUAAAAAAGGAAGGAUAUCCAAUUUCGAAAGAUGAAGAUGUUGAUAAAAUUUUAAAGGAAUUGAAGGAAAAAGUGGCUUUAAAGAUGGAUAUGGAUCCCGGUCAAGAUGUCCAACGUGGUUGUAUUAUAAUUAACGAAGAUGGAAUUUGUAAAAUUGAUGUUUGUAUGUUUUAUUUAUCUUACUAUUUUGAAUAUUAG